ACAAGGCUUGAGCUGAGAAGGAAAAAACAAGUGAGUAUUGCAGGAUAUUCUCACAGGAUGUGUAGCAGAGCAGAGAGAGAGAUGCAGCUGUAGUUCAGUAUGAAUGAGUCUCUCUACAGCAGAUAACAGCAGCACAGGAGCAGCACACCACUGACAGCAUUAUGGGGCCUCGUCUGUGGAUCCUGAUGCUCAUGGUGACUCACAUCACAGCGUUCAGACGUCCACGAGAUCUUUCACCCUGUCAAGUGUUCCAGGAAGAUGCCAACUGCAGCAAUCUGGACCUCAAAAGCAUCCCAACGCAACUGCCGCCCACCAUCCACAUGCUCGAUCUGUCACGUAACCUUCUCCAGAACCUCACGGACGAUGUUCUCUUGGCCUACUCCAGCAUUCAGCAUCUCAACCUUCACUCCAACAAGAUCCAGUUCAUCCAGCCGGGCCUCUUCCAGGCCUUGAACCAUCUGCAGGUGCUAGAUCUCUCCAGGAACUUUCUUGACCUUUACGCUGCUCUGAAAACACCCGUUGGGCCGCUCACUUCAGUACAGCGCCUCGAUCUCUCAGGAAAUGGCCUGUUUACUGAUAUGAGCGGCUACUUCCUGAGCGAUGCCCCAGCCCUCACCAACCUCUCAUUAGAUGGGAACAGCAUUACCAAAAUCCGCAGAGACACAUUUAAUGGAACUCAAGCUCUGAGAAACAUCGACUUACAUAAUAACGUUAUCAUAGAAAUCGAAGAAGGUGCCUUUGAGUCUUUAAGCAAUCUCUCUGAACUUGAUUUAUCCGUGAACUCCAUUUCUUGUAUCAUGGAUUUCAACCUCUUCCAGCUCAAAACGUUGAACCUGAGCCAAAACAGCAUGACCAACUUCCAGACCAUCGACUCAGAGCUUGAGUUUGAGCUGCUGUACUUGGACUUGAGGGAAAAUAAGAUAAUCUACUUCCCUGUUCUGCCCCGAAGGAACAAGCUCAUAUAUCUGGACCUGUCCAGAAACCUCUUGAGAAGUGUGAACUGCUCAGGUUCUUUAGAAGACCUGGAGAAUCUGAGGGACAGUGGGUAUCUAUUGACUGAUCAUGACAAACACAUUUCCUGCAUUAGUAAGAGGCAUCAAGAUCUUCCAAGAUUGCUGUACUUGGACUUGAGUUACAACCAGCUCAAAUCAGUUCCCUCCUCGUUCUUCGGCAGUAUGGAGUCUUUGGAGACCCUCAACAUAAGCAAUAACUGUUUGGAGAGCUUCAGUGUGGACUCAGAAAGUCCUCUGAACACUCUUAAAACCCUGGACAUCAGCUUCAACAAUCUGCACAACCUGUCAUUCGGGGAGAGGACACUGGCUGCAUUGGAGGUGCUGCACCUGCAGGGGAAUGCUCUUAGCACAUUAGAUGGCAGUAUAUUCUCAAGGCUGCCCAGCAUCCGCAGUCUCCAUCUUCAGCAGAACCAACUGAGCAUCUGUUCUUCUCAAUUGGAUCCAGCAAUUGGCUGCGUCUUCUUGUCUCGCAUACCCACCUUGAGCUAUCUUUACCUCUCCGACAACAACCUCUUUUCCAUUCCACAAAGUGCGUUCCAGGGCAGUCCACUGCACAUCCUGGACCUGUCUCUGAACCCUGGCGUAGAGGUCAGUCCUCUGUUUCUCUCAGGUUUGGAGACCACCCUCUCCCAUUUGUCUCUGAGGGGAAACCAGCUCCAAACGCUACCAGUCGACUUCACCCACUUCCGAAACUUAAAGUCGUUAGAUCUGUCAGUGAACCGGCUCUCAGGUUUGUCUCUGUGGAGCAGAGACUCUUCCGUUGAGUCGCUGAACUUGCAGAAUAACAGUCUGGUGACGCUCUCUCCCGACACGCUGCAGAAAGCACUCAGGAUUUUGUACGUGGGAUCGAACCCGCUGAGCUGCUGUAGAAACCAGCACCUGCUCACGCUCCUGCAGCAGGACAGACUGAUGGUGGCUGACGUCUCCAACGUCACCUGCUGGUACACCAAAGACUCGGAAAACUUGGAGAUCAGCAUGAGUGCUGUGCAGCCGGAGCACUGCAAAUCUGUGGAUGCUAAAGUGUUAUUGAUUAGUGUGAUUGUUGUGUUAGUGCUAGGACUGAUGCUGGUAUUGACUGUCGUCAUGAAGCUCCUGUGUCACUCGAGAAGACACCGAUUCAACAGAGGCAUCAAAGCUUAAAGCAAAACUGAAGGACAAAAGAGGAAAAAGAAACCAAAGUACUCUCACCUGACUGUGGUGCCGCUUGCAUGACUGCAACCGCAUCAGCGGGUUUCAGUAUGGAACGCGUGGGUCUCUGGAACAAAAUGUGAAAUGCAGAACACUGAAUGUGUGGAGCAGAUUUUUGGACACAUUUUAGUCUGGUCAUCACCAUUUGCAUUCACAUAAAAUUUGACAUUGUAAUUGGUAUUUAUAACACAAUGUAUGGUUCAUUGUUGUAUUUAUGACACGCAAAUGCAUGCAGAGUUUACUGAUGGAGCUUCAAGCCAAAAAGAAUCAACACACACACACACACACACACACACACACACACACACACACAAAACAUACAUGAAAACCCAAAGAACAAGAAGUAGGGGCCAUUCACAAUUCUUGCUCCCAAAAGCGGCCAUAAACGAAUGGAAUGCAGUGUUCUUGACAAGUGUUUUUUUGAAAAGUUGUACUUCUUUUAACUUGAAAUGGUCUCUUAAAAACACAGUCCUCAUGGCGCAAAAUGCUUUUCAACGGUCAGAUAUGUCUGUCUAGUGCAUUUUUACAUAGAUCAACAAUAUUAAAACAAGUGCAGUCCGCUGAAAGCAUGCACAGGGUUGACAACUUUACGGCACGUGAAUAUGGGAUGUUUGAGCAUUUUGAGCACUUAAAUGUGGCACCGGGUCCCCUAUUUUGCCGCUUUGAUACGGGACGGGGUGCCCUUGAGCGUUUUGCUGCUUAAAUAAGGGACAAGAGACAUGUCCGCUAAUACGCGAUAGUUCGCAACCCUAGUCCUGUGUGAACGGCCCCCUGAACAGCAAUACUGAUCAGAAUGAGCUCAAAUAAAUAGAAACAUGAUGGAUAAUACUGCGGUUUGGUAAAAGUUUGUCUAGUAGGAUAUUUUCAGGAAUAACACUACACUUUCUGGAUUUGUAUGCACUUUAAUGGUUUUGAUUUGUGAAUAUGGAAACAAAAUGUAACUGUAAUAUUUUAGGCUAAAUGCUUAACAUAGUGCAAACACUAGAGUUACAAAAGAUACUAACAGUGUUCAGAGGGGUCGAGGUUAGUUUCACUGGAGAGAGAGAGAGUUCAAGAGCUAGACAUGUGAUUGUAGAAGUGUUUUAAUCUAUGUUUUUAUAAGAGUAGGGUGUUGUAUGUUGUGCAUUAGUAGAAGGCAUCUGAUUGGACAUGAGGAAGUGUUAUUGCAGGACAUCUGCAGUAAAGCAUGUAGCUUGUUUUUGCAGUUUAAGUGCUGCAGGAUCACUUUCCUGUUGUUGAACUUCAAUUCAGACCUCGAGCAGUGUCAGUUUGUGCUGCCUAAAUCAUUUCUUCAUUAUAACUCAACCAGUUACAUUAAAUUAUGUUAAACUUAGAGACUGGCAUCAGGUUUAGCUCCACUUUGGGCACAAACACACCCACCGGCGCUGCUGUUUGAUCAUUCGGCUCUUUUUUUAGAUCUUUCCAGUGCAGACAGAAAUAAGUUUGACCCUGGAGUCUAUAUCAGGUGUUGUGCAUUCACCGCAGAUAAAGAUAGGCAGGAAAUCCCUGUUGAAGGAAGCGUACAUCAUCACUGCAGAUAUUAAUAGCGGUUUGUUUCAUACGCUGUUGACACAGUAAUGAGAAAUACUUCCUCCUGUCAGUCUGAGUCACAACCCCUUCUGCUUUUUAGCUACACAUAGUUGCACUGCACACUGAAACCUGCAAAGGUCACGCGCACGCGCGCACACGCACGCUUGCACGCACACACGCACACGCACACACACACACACACACACACACACACACAUCAUUAGUGCUUAUGAGCGGCCACUACACAUGCAUAUGAAAUGAAGGAACUAUUACCACAAUGUUUGUACAAUGAACUACUGUAGAAAUCUAUUUAUGAACUAUUUUUGUAAAUAAAAGUUCUAUCACAC